UAAUCGCAGUGCGGGCGCAGGCAGCAGCCGCAGCAUGUCGGAGUUUUAAAGUGGCUUUAUCUCCUGAUACUUGUUUAACCUUAGCGCCAUCCUUUCAUCAGCCAUGAGCACUGUACAGUUCAAGCUGUCGAAACAAGGCGCGCUCACCCGUCGCCUAGAAUUCACUGGCCACCCUACUUGGGACGUUCUAUCCUCCAAGAUCAGUGCGUUGUUCGGAAUUCCAACCGAUAAUGUCGGAGCGUCCUACGUUGACCAGGAUGGGGAUGAAAUAGUUUUCAGCUCUGAAGAGGAGCUGCAGGCCUACUAUAGCACCCUCGAUACUAAGGGUGCUAAAGACAAUGUUAUUAAACUCGUGGUACAGGACCUUAGCUCCCUGAGGUCCACUAAUAUAGCGCCUUCCCGCACCCAUACCACUCACCCACAACAAUCUCACUUCCGGAACACAUUCGGAGAACACGAUUUCGAUUUCGAGGUCGAUGAUGAAUGGCAGCGUCUCCCCGGCAACCUAGGCAGUCUUUUCUGGGCCAGUAACUCUCCGGAGAGCCCACACGCAUUCGUGGAGGAUCUCGAGAGUGACGUGAGCGUCUCCAAGAAAUUUAACGCAGAUGAAGAAUCCUCCGUUGGAGACGUUACACACUCAGAUGUGACGUUCACUUUGCCUCCUUUCCGCUUGGAUAAGGGCAAGUCGCGCGUCAAGAUGCAGCCUACAGUUGAGGACGAUGUUUCGUCCACUGAUUCAGUCUUUGGUGACGAUGCCUCACCGCAGCCACAAGUCCGUGUUUCUGACUCAGAGGAAGCCUCCAUUUUCGGUGUCAAAGUGAAGUCUGCUGUCUCAGUCAGUGGGACAGCAACUCCCGCGCAGGCUCAGAGCACUCCUGUCAUUUCCGGGCAGGUUCUUCCUGAGGCUGUGCGGAAUAUCACCGAAGAUUCCAAUGCAGUUGAUCCGGCCCUCCCCACGGUGGACAACUCUACCACCAGCGACACUGGCGCAUCAUCUCUCACUCAUGACGUAGCAGCCUUCUUGAAGACGCUUUCUGGUAUCAUUUCCUCCCAUCCGGAACUAUCAGAGGGCGUUCGUAACAUAGUCGCAAAUGCGACAAACGGUACAUACUGGGCUGCGCAUCGUGAUGCACUUUCUCGCGCUGCGGAGAAUAUUCAACAGGAGACUGGCAGGACCGUGGAAGAGAUCCGGCAUGCAGAGGAAGAGGCCGGCGCCAGGGUUGCAGACGCCCUUGGUGGAAUUUUCCGUGUCUUCGGGGAAGCUGUCCAAACUGCCAGGACAGCGACUGAGUCGUUCCAGCCACCCGCUGAAGAUGCGCCGACAGCUCCGGAACUUGUUCCAGAGCCGCCCUGUUCCUUCCGUCCUCGUGAAUUUUUCACAUAUCCUGGUCCCCCACCCCCAGGCCAUUUCCCACCUCAUCCUCAUCAUCGUUGGGGCCCUCCCCCUCCGCCGCCGUUUGGUCGCCGCCAUGGGUGGCCCCGCCCACCUCCACCCUUUUGGGGUGCCCCUCUGGCAGCCGAACGCCAGGAGGAAGUUGCGCCACAUGUGGACCAUCACGGCAAUGUGAUCCGUACGAGGACGAGUGACAUCCGAACCACGUUGGCAGAGGCACGCAACCGACGUUUGGGAAACUUAGGGCUAGCCACGCCCACCAAUGUUCCGCCUCCUGUUCCUAACGCACCUGCUGCACCACCUGCACCCGUCGUACCACCACCUCCCGUGCUCCAGGGUGGCUUUUCAAACUGCCCCCUGUUCACAAGCACUCCACCCACUCAAGAGGAGCUAAGGGCUGAUGUUGAACGCGCUAAGGCCGACUAUAAGAUGCGCAAGGAGAGGUAUCGUCACGCUAAAUCCAUUAGGAAAAUGGCAGAGCAACGCGAACAAGGACAGGAAUCCAGUGGAAGCAUUGAGGUUUCCGGACAACUUAAUAUGAAUGAGCCCACUACGAGUGGCGCAGAUACAUCUGCGUCUCAAGGGCCUCCUGCUGUGACCCCCGUCCUUGAGCAGGUACCAGUACCUCCAUCCCCUGCUCCCGCAGUCGCGCCAGCGCCCUCUCAGCCUGCGACACCUGCUACACCUCAGGUCCAUAUCGUAAGCAAUGCUAGGGGCCCGUACCCCCAGCUCGAGAUGUUCAGCGUCCCUAGGCGCAGCCACGCCAUUGGACACACCCAACGACGUGGGCUCGGACAUCACGAGGACCGUUCCAUGCAACGCAUCAUGAGGAAAUUGUCUGAGGUAUGCUAAUCCUCUUAUUCUGUCUCUUUAGUAUCUCACGAUGAGGAUUUGUAGAUGGGUUUCACAGAGGGCACAUAUCCGAAACUAAACGUCAAGGUGACGGAGCAGAUGCUUGCUAACCCACCGACUACCAAAGACGUCGAGGAUGACAUUGUCACUAACUUGAUCGAGGAGCUU